UCUAUCAGCUGAAAUAGGGGAAUCCUUCAGCAACCAUCAGUGACGAUAAUCUCUACAAGUUCCAAGCUCUAAUAAGUCAUAUCAAAACUUGCCGUUCAAUUAUCUUCUAAACAAAAAUAAAUGGAACCCAUGUCCAUAACUCCAGGCUCCAAAAUCUAUUUGCCAAAUCCAAGAAUAUCACCAAAAACCCACUUCAACUUUUCACCCUUCACACCACAAACCCACUUGAAUUCCCUCAAAAACAGAGCACUUCGACUUGAGAAUCCUAAACAUGUAACUUUACCAACCAUGGCUGACAUUUUAGCCUCGUCCAAGACCCAGAACCUCGACCUCCAGCUCAAAACACUAGGACCUUUCUUUAGAAUCACAGCAAGGAAUCUUGAUACCCAUAAUGAACUUGGAAGAGCUGAAGGGAUCAUAAGGGUCUGGUUGGGAGGCAAGAUUCUUCACUUGGAUUCGAUAAGAUUGAGAAGAGAGACAAUGGGUAUGGAGAGGUCAAUUUUUGGAAUUGGUUUGUUUAUCGGAGCUGUUGCUAUUCGAUAUGGAUACGAUUGUGGGUGUCGGACUGCUGAAUUGCUCGCCAUUAAUGACACUGAUCUUUACCAUUCUAAGCUUGUUAGGUUCUAUACAAGAAUUGGGUUUAAGGCUGUCCAUGAAGUAACUGGUUCAACAAUUGGGGAUCUUGCUCAUAUGUUGGUUUGGGGAGGCAUAGGAACUCGAAUGGAUGCUGAUGUUGAAGAGCUUCUAAUAAAAUGGUGCAUCAGGUUCAAACCUCGAGAUUGAUUUCAUGCCAUUUCUUUAAAAAAUUGCUCUGUGAUGUAAAGGCUGAAAACUUGAGCUGAUUGAAUCAUGCAUGCUUGAUGGCAUUGGCUUAAAGCACUCCUCUAAUCUCUUAAACUUGUUAAGGGCCCAUCUACAUAGAAAGUCUUUCCUGCCAUUUGCUUGCUCCUGAGCACUGCAGUCGAGCUAAGUAGGCAUUCGAUUUAGACAGUUGACAAGUGCCAAAACGAGGAGAAAGGUACUGCUCUUCAACUUCUGUUCGAUGGAUAUUUCAUGGCAACAUGACUAUAAGAUUAACUAUAAGAAACAGUGCAAAAGAAUAAAAUUGCAGAGGGAAUUAGAUGAAUUGCUUGUUGCUCAAAUCUUGCGUUUGUUUCCUGAGUUUCCCUUCAAAUAUCUGUACUCUUUGCAACUUUUGAUUGAUUAUUAUUUUGUGGAAGUAAUAAUUUUCUAGGAUCCGCUCUCACAAUUGUCCCAAUAUAUGCAUUUUGUUUUAACUAAGUUUAUGCUCAAGCAGAUUGGUUUAGUUCC